ACACAAAGGUAUCUCAAUCUAUCUGUAUUCUGAUCUGAUUGUCUUACCUAGAGCGUCGAAUCCACGGAUUUACGAAAGCGCGUGAAAGUGUGUGAGUGAUAGCCACCUCCUCUUCUCCAUUGAAGAAGGAAUCGCAAAAGAAGAAAGAAGAAAAAAAAAAAAAAGAGAACCCAAAAUCGCCAUGAGCGACCAUCCUCGGUUGCAGAACCUGCGUUCAACGGCACAACUUCUGAGAGAAGCAACGUCUUCCUUCUCCUCAAACCUCGUCACAUUCCUCUUCCUUUCUCUUCUCAUCCUCUCUUUCCGCACCGUCGUUGAAAACGGCACCGCUCAUGUCACCUCCUUCAUCGACCGCGAUCCAUCUCUCCGGGCACUCCUCUCACGUCUCGACCUUGCCGGAAACGCCAACCACCACCGUCACGACCACCCCUCCCCCGCCACCGCGCUCCGCCGCCGUCGCCCUUUUCUCCACCUAACCCGCGUCGGAACCCUAGAUGACGACUUUUUCUCCGGCGACGAUGACGAUGGCCGCGCCCUGCUCGGGUCCAAUCCCAAACCUCCCGUCAACGGAAGCUUCCUCGCGUUCGGACCCUUCACUGCGGACUCCGGAUUCUCCGAUCUCGUUGCCGACGACGGAAUUAGGGUUUCUGAGGUGGUUCGUUCCGGCACGACGUUCAAGGCGAAGGGGUUAUCGUCGUCGGUGGAUGACGAUAGAGAUGAGGAUAACGAAGAAGAGGAGAAAAACGAGAAGGGUGAUUUGGGGAACAGGCAAGAGAUGGAGAAAGGCGUGGAUUUGCAAUUCUUCGUGAAGGGGUUUGAGGUGGGUCGUCGUGAUGCGGCGGCGUUGUUCUUUCUGGUGAGUUUCUUAUCCGCGGCUUAUGGAUGGGUGAUUCUUGUUUUUCUGGUAACGUAUUCGUGGGUACUAGGUGUUGUUUUCGUUGCUGUUGUUAAUGAUCUGGUAGGAAGAUUUAGUUCGAUUACGGGUUUGUUUUGGGAUGGAUCGAGAUUAGGUCUGAAGAGGCUUUCGGGGUUUAUUCUGAUGAGAUGGGCUGUGAGGGAUGCAUUGACUCAGCUUCUGGGAUUGUGGUAUUUUGGUGAAAUUGAGGAUCAGUAUUCGUUCUUCAAGCUUUUUGUUAGGUUGAAAUUGAUGCCCUUUUCGGUUAUGUCGCCUUGGGUUAGAGGGUUUGAGAAGGAGAUUUCUGGGUUCUUGUUUACUUGGUUUCUGGUGGAUACUUUUGUGGCUUUCAUAUUUUCUGUUGAUGCUUGGGUUGCCAUUGUGGAUUCCAGGAGGAGUGGUAGGGAGAUUGUGAAGGAAGGUUGUUACUUGAUAUCUACCAUGUCGUUUGCGAAGAUGUUUCAGUCGACCAUGGAGGUUUACUUCAUGGUUACUUGGCUGGUGUUUUACUUUGCGGCCAGGUGUAGGGAUGCCAAUCUACAGGGUCGGAGGUUUGGGCAGAGAGAGUUGGAGGGGUUGAUUGAAGGUCACAGAUGAUAUUUGGUGGUGAUUGGAUUGGAUGGAUGACUGUUUGUCGUGCGGGUUUUUUUAUUGUGAUGCACAAGUAGCAGCAAUGUUUCACGGGUUUAUGAUGUCUCCCACUUUUGCAGUCCCUGUUGACCAUCACUGCUAUUCUAUAGUUUUUGUCGCCAACAAAGUGUCAAAUGUACUUCACCAGAAGGCCGAUAUACUUCUUGUGUAUAUUCUAAAUGAGGAUAGUUCAUAUGUAUAUUAUUCAUGGAAUCAUUUAAUUAGUGCGCACAAUGUUUUGGUGAUGAUAGUCACAGAUUACAAGGUUUGAGAAAUGAAGAAUGGUAAUGAUUUUUCUCCAUGCAAACAUGGAGUUAUGUUGUGAUGAUAAAGGUAACCUCAUAGCACUUCUGUUUGUUUGGCGUUAUACUCUAUUCUUUAUGGACAAUUGGUGGCAUGACUUGGACACGAUCUACAAAAUCAAGGAAAAGCACUUUAAUCUGCAAGAACGGGGAAAUUUAUUAGUGUCAAUUAUGCAUUGUUUUUCCUUUUAGAGAGUCCCUGAGAAGGUCAUUCAGGCAAUAUUAACUUUUUGUUUGUUUUGUAUGAUUACUGACAUCUUUUGCUAGACAAGGCUUUAUAUUUGCU